UUUUGUAGAAUUGAUUUGACUCGAGAAACGCAAAUAAAAUGUAUCUGAAUCUGUCAUAUCCUAACAACCUAGAGAAACUAUCAUACUUCCGCCAUACCCAUAAAAAUCUUAGAUAUCUUGUAAGCAUCAAUCCUUUGGGCACGUCCACACAUCUUAGCGUGGUAGCGUCUAAGGUUAUCCUCGUUUAGCGCCAUCAACCUCCCAACUUCCAUAUACACUCAUUUUGACACAACAUUUCGUUUUCCGCGCCUGGAUGUCCAGGACGAGGAGGAUUUUUUUGGAUUGUUUUUAUAUUUUGUAGGUGAGUAAAAUUGUGAAGUGUAUGGGUGAUUUAUUCUCAAUAUAGUCGCGCAUCUCACCCCACGUCAAAACCUCACUCCAGCCAGCCUUCAAUUGCGCAUUUCCAAGUCUGACCGAACACAGUCAUAUAGAUAAUCAUUAUGGCAUAUUCGAAUAGCACUAGUGAUCGAAUGGACGAGCUACGAUUUCGCAGCCAGCAGACUUCGAGGAAUGAUGCAUCUAUGCUCGGCCUUGUUUCUCCUCCGCGAAAUGGCAACCGAAUGGCACAAUCAUUUCAACAGCAAGAGAGCCGUGGAGGAUUGACGAGAAGAUUCACUACUGAUUCAGGGAGAGUGCCAACAAUCGCUUCUAUUACCCACCAGCGCAGCACGCAAGAAACUCAAGAAUACGGUCCCUCAGUAAGCCAAUCGAAUUUGCCUAUUCGAUCACAAUAGCUAUUAUCCUACAAUAGUUCUAUUCUAGUUUUCGAGCCAUUAUAAAAUUCCAUUUCACGCUGUAGCAUUUACUGACUUCUUUCGCAAUAGACCUACCAUAAAGUACAGCUGGUAAGCGAUUGUUCUUCUUGAAUUACCACGCCUUUCUACUGCCAGCCUCCUCUUCUUCUAGGAAAAAGCAAAAUUGCAUAUUCUCUUCAGUGCAAAGCGCUUCUUAAUAUCUCCCAAUUUUCAGCCAGCAUAUCAAGAACUGACACUGCUAUCAGUUAGAGAAAAAGAAACUCGAAUACGAGCGACUCCGUGAACAAAAAAGACGCUUCGAGGCGGAGAUGCAAUUGUUGGACUUACAACAACGAAGAGAAGAACAAGAGUUACAGCAGAUGCAAGAAGACCUUGGUAGAUCGAGUAACAAUAAUAACAACGCCGGGCAUCAAUCAGAACCAACAACACCACCAGAAUAUAGGGAAUCUUCAUCAGGGUUUCCUUCAGCAUUUUCUCGUCCCAACAGAUAUUCAACAUCUAGUAUUACCUCUCCUCCAGGUCUUUACAAUCGCCCUGGGAGAUCUGGCUCUCAACUCACAUCGCCGAAAUCUGGAAUCAUGCAAUCUAGACUCGUGAUUGAUGAUAAGCUACCUUCGAAGUCCGUGCCAGGUUCGCGCCGCAAUUCAGAUGAAGAUGAGAAGGAGGAAGCAGUAAGACAAGAUCCGACCAGCCAUCGUUCUACCAAUGCGUACGUAUUGAAAUUUACUUACACUCUGAAAUGAACAUCUAUUUUCUGCACGUUGCCAUCAAAAGUUCUUGGGGGCUAGUUUUAUAUCCACCACAAGCUUCUGCCUGGAAGACAAUAAGAAGACCCCGUACAAUCUUUUCCAUGUUCAUUCACUGGACAAGUACAUGUUAUUUGGGUUGUGGCUUGCUUUUUCAUCUCUGGGUAUGCCCGUGGCUAGCUUCUGCCUCGACAUAACAUUCCUUCGAGUUUACGCCUGGCUACUGCUCAAAGUAGAGCAGCACUUGCACUUUAGCUUUGAAUUCAUCCCACAUGUGGAGCGAAGCUGCUUGGGCUCGAGACACGGCAACAUUCAGAUAUUUCGAAGUUUUUCUUCUUGAGAAAGUUCUUAAAAGACAACGUUUAUACCUUUAAUCUUUCUGAUGAUUCUUUAUGUUCUUUACAACGCAAAGGUGAAAAUGGUUUGAAUCGAAAGAGACUGUGGGUAUAUCCAAAUUGUCUCGCUUCCUUCCGCUUUGACCUCAAUAUACCUUCCAAAUCCCCUCACCACCUUCAAUAUCUGCCGAUAUAUUCACUCUAUUGGAUUGGACAGGAAUGGUUCGAUUGAUUUAACUGCAUAUUUGCUAUUGUCUUUUACCUCAACAAUACGCUCGGCCACUAAUGCCGCCGUCCUACCGACCUUUUUUCUGCCUCAACUAUUCUUCAACGCUCCAUCUUCAACCUUGAAGCUUUACAACCUUUCAAUUUCUAAUCCUUAAAAACUCCCUUAUUGCUUGCUGGACAAGGCUUCACUCCAGAGGAAACCCAAAUCGAUAUCAUUUCUUUUCAAUAUCCUCAACAUACUCCCCAUUUCCUUAUUUCUCUGUGUUUGAUCGCAACCAACCUUCCCUUUCUGCCCUUUCGACUUCGACCCACAAGACUCGAAUCAAGCAUACUCUUGCUAAUACACCCCAAGUCUAAACAGAUAUUCUAUGCCAGUUACUAAAUCUCGCAACGGUAUGCACGACAUGUUGUCCCUUGACCAAACCAACACCACUCGUUUUCUCUUCGGCGAAGAUGAAAAUGCGGCACCCGGAAGCGUUGAUAAGUAUUUGAAUAUGAAUGCUACUGAUGACAAAUUUCCAAUUCUUGUUCGUCGUGACGAGUAUCCCGGUUUGGUAAGUAAAAAAAAAAACAAUAAAAAAAUAUUCACUGGUCUAUGCUGACCGCUCUAUGCAGCUUUCCGCUUCUUCUGCAGCUCUUGACUUAGCUUUAUCUCAGUCACCUGCACCAGAAUCCAACGCAAAUAGUUGGAAUUCGUUUGCCCGUCAUCGACCAAAUCAACAAAGCCUUCCAAUGAAUAGCCUUCAGCCGUCUCAACAAGUCGCAACAUCUGUGACUCAGUCUAGCUCCGCGGAGUCUCCGAUUAGUGUCCGCCCAUCGUACCGUCAUUCCUUGGAUUUGAAGUUCUUUGAAGGCCCGCAGGAAGGCAGUGCCCAGGUAGCCUCUCCACCAAAGCAUAUCCAAGCCACACCGCCUAAGCUUCAAUCAUCCUAUUCUGCCAACGACGUUCCGACAGUUCGUACAGGUACGAACGGCAUGCAAAGCAACAAUAAUACUCCUAACUCACACGCUCAACAACACUUGCACAAUCAUAAUGCCAGCUUGGGCCGCAUUCCACCAAACGCUAUGAACAGACUUAGCCGUGAGAUGACUUCUGGGGACAAUGGUAGUCUGCGUGAGGCUCAGAAUGGUGGCUAUCAGUCGAUCCAGUCUGCCUUGCAAGCCAGUGCUGCGCCAUUCGGUCCAGCUUUGACACAAGGUAUGACACAAGGUAUGUCGCAAGCUCAAAUGUCGCCAUCUGUAACCUCUCCUACUGGCCAACAAAAUUACUCUGCACAAGUUCCUGGCUUCUACAAUAAUUAUGGCAUGCACAUGAUGAGUUUGGGAAUGCAGAACAUGCAACUUAGCCCACCAAUGUAUCCUCCUCCAAACUCUUACAACAAUUACAACAAUUCCAUGUAUCAACACAAUGGUGGGCAAAGAGAUAGUCAGGCACGAGUCAUUCAACAACGCCGCCAAAAUGAUGGCGAAGGUAAGCUACGGGGUAUCCUGAAAUCGAAGCAAGCUAACAUACCUUACAGCAAUGAAUCGUUUUGCAAACCUAGCUCUGGAGCAGCUUGGUGGCGAGAUCUACGCACUUUGCAAGGAUCAACAUGGUUGCCGCUACUUGCAGAAAAAGUUAGAAGACCGCAAUCCGGAGCAAGUUCACAUGAUCUGGCUCGAGACAAAUCAACAUGUCAUUGAACUCAUGACCGACCCUUUCGGCAACUAUCUUUGUCAAAAGUUGCUUGAGUACUGCAACGAUGAAGAGCGCACUGUCCUGAUUGAAAAUGCCUCUCAUGAUCUGGUCCGUAUUGCCUUAAACCAGCAUGGAACACGCGCCCUUCAGAAAAUGAUCGAGUUUAUCUCCACACCAGGACAGAUUCAGACCAUCAUUGGCGCCUUGCGAUUCCGUGUCGUCGAACUCAUUCAGGACUUAAAUGGUAACCAUGUUAUUCAGAAGUGUCUCAACAAACUCUCUCCGACAGAUGCUCAAUUCAUUUUUGAUGCUGUUGGACAACACUGCGUUGAUGUGGGAACUCACAGACAUGGCUGUUGCGUCCUUCAACGAUGCAUUGAUCAUGCUUCUGGUGAUCAAAAGGCUUGGUUGAUCAGACAGAUUUCGAACAAUGCCUAUGUAUUAGUUCAGGAUCCUUUUGGUAAUUAUGUGGUGCAAUACAUUCUCGAUCUCAACGAACCAAUCUUCACUGAGCCUUUGGUUGCUAUGUUCGGAGGACGAGUCGCUCAAUUGUCGAAGCAGAAGUUUAGCUCAAACGUCAUUGAGAAGUGUCUUCGAUGUGCUCAGGAACCUUCGAAAGACAUGUUGAUUGAGGAAAUGCUUCAACCAAAUCAGCUUGACAGUCUAUUGCGGGAUUCAUUCGCCAACUACGUCAUCCAGACUGCCUUGGACUACGCCAAUCCGAACAUGAAGACGCGUCUCAUUGAGGCUAUCCGACCCCACCUACCAGCUAUCCGCACCACACCUUAUGGUCGCCGUAUCCAAGCUAAAAUCCAGGGUAAUGAAAACCGAGGCAAUACUUCUACUGGACCCACCACUCCUAAUGAUAACGAAACUGGUCAGCUUGCUAAUCGUCACCAGCGUGGCAUGUCCAGCGCAUCAACCGGUACUUUUGUUAGCUCCCCAGGAGGAUUCCCAAAUGGCAUCGGACCUACGCCCAUCACCAAUGGGCUGCCAAUUCCCGCAAUCCGAUCUUCAGCUCAGCAAGGAUCUGGCUUUCCACCAAAUGAUCGCCUUGCUUCGCCUGCCGUUGCUCAUCCAUACAAUUAUGGUAGAGCUGGUGGGCAGCCUGGCGCACAACCUGGAGCAGGUAGUGACUGGUUUUAAUCCGAACCUUUUAAUCUCAGAUUUGGUUGAAUUUCGGCACGACGAUACGAUUUCAACGCUUGUAACGGUACGAGGAACGAUAUUCAUUUUCGAAUCAGUUGAUGUGACAGUUUCGUUUAGCAUUUAUUCAUAAUGGGAUCUUUUUCAGGAUUUCUAGCGUUGAAUAUAAGCUAUCUGGGCAGUUCAUCUUCUAUGGUUGUAUUCACAAACGAUUUUUAUGGCCCUUUGUUGUUACAUUAGCAUCAUUCUAGAGGUAUUGCAUUCCUGCAUGCCUGUUUCUUUUCAAUUUCAGUUGGCGAUAACAUGCAUCAUGGAAACGAACUUUCCUGCGGGUCUUCAGCCUUUUUGUACCAUAGCAGCUCGAUCAGAAAAAAAAGAUCUUAGCACGAUUCAAUAUGAUACCUUCUAUCUCUAGCGCAGGGUACAAUAUGAGCGACUGCGCAGCUCGCCUUUACCUGCAUUGGCCAUGACAAUAGACUCGAUUUUCCUUGUUCUUUAAUUUCUUUGCGGUGGACUUUUGGGGCUCGUUACUCUUUGGCAUGUCAAAUGGUUUUUUCACUCGAUAGUCAUGAGCAGACAUCCUGUGCCUACACCUUCUGCAAUCUCUUGCCUGCAUCGUUUCACCGAUAGGAAGAAAGCCUCUUCUUGUAACUUCCGAGGCUGCAUUUUCUUUAGCUAGCUUGACGUAUGCUAUGCAUCGUCUGUUUCCAUUUAGGCACAAAUCUGCUUCAUCGCAUUUUCUGGUGGGUAAAUGGUUCAUCGUCAGCUUCCAAAGAUAUUCUGACAUUAUUAUUUCUUUCCUACUUUUGUAGUCAUGGGCUCUAACUCCAAAGCAGCAAACUGUAACUAGAAAAGCAAUGAGAAAUGAAAAUCCCUGAAAUAAACCC